AUGCGUCUCGCCUUCCUGGCCACCUGGCUGGCCUCUAUCGGUCGCAUAUCGGCCCUGCAAAUCCAGCUCGACGACCACCAAUCUAUCAAGGACGCCGCCGGGAAGACCGCCAAAGGAGCGCUCGGAUGGUACGCCGGUAAUGAACCUGGCGGCGAACCAGGCGCUUUCCCAGAGAAGUGGUGGGAAGGGAGUGCUCUGUUUAUGAGUCUGAUCAUCUACUGGUUCUACGCGGGCGACGACCAAUACAAUGACCUGAUCAUCGAGGGUAUGCAGUACCAGGCGGGAGACAAAGGUGACUACCUGCCUGCCAAAUACAAAUCUUAUCUUGGAAACGAUGACCAGUUUUUCUGGGGUGUUACUGCCAUGCUGGCCGCCGAAUACGGAUUCCCCGAAUCCAAAGAUGGAUUCUCGUGGUUGUCGCUGGCGCAAGGUGUGUUCAACACGCAGAAAGAAGAAUGGGACGAGGACAAUUGCGGGGGUGGUCUACGCUGGCAAAUGGAACCCUACCAGAGCGGAUACACGAUGAAGAACUCGAUUUCCAACGGUGGUUUCUUCCAACUCGCCGCCCGUCUCGCUCUCUACACGCAAAACGAUAUGUACGCCGACUGGGCCCAGAAGGCCUGGGACUGGUCGGUUUCCUCGCCGCUGGUGAACAACAAGACUUGGAAUGUUGCCGACUCGACCGACAUCAACAACAAAUGCUCGACGCAGGGUAACAACCAGUGGUCAUAUAAUUACGGCGCGUACCUCACAGGCGCAGCUUACAUGUACAACUACACCGAGAAAGCAGAGUGGAAAAAGGCCGUCGAUGGUCUCCUUGAGAAAGUCCUCGAGCAAUUUUUCCCCCAGAAGAUGGGCGGCGGGAAGAUCUUCUCCGAAUUCCUGUGUGAGCCAUCCGGAUUGUGCAACUUCAACGAAAUUCUCUUCAAGGGCGUCGUCUCACACUGGUUAACACUGGUCGCGCUCCUUAUCCCCGAAACCUACGACAAGAUCUUCCCCAAACUGCAAACCUCCGCACAGGCAGCCGCGCAGGCAUGCAGCGGAUCCGGCAACAACACCUGCGGCAUCAAAUGGUACACCGAGAAGUGGGACGGCUCGAUUGGCAUGGAACAACAGAUCAUCGCCACCGAUAUUCUCGGGUCCGUGCUCGUCUCCGAAAAGAAAACCCCCCCGCUCAACACCAAUACCGGUGGAAACAGCAAGAGUAACCCCAAUGCCGGCAGUGAUGAAACGGGAAGCCCCGACGAACCAAAGCCGAUUACGGCCGGUGAUCGCGCAGGCGCGGGUAUCCUGACGGUUCUGUUCGUUGGGGCCUGGGGUAGUAUGAUUGCCUGGAUGGUUCUGGGUGAGCCUUUAGUAGGGUAA